CAUUGACACUGACAAAAUAGGUUAAGUACAUCAAAAUAAUAAUAUAGUUUGUGAAUUUUAUAGAUUAUUUAAUAAUUAUUUUAUUAUAAUGUCGGACAAAGAUUAUGCACCUCUUAGUGCGGCCUGUGUUAAAGCUUUGAACGAUAAAAUAUACGACAAGAGGAAAGCUGCAGCUUUAGAAAUAGAAAAAAUGGUAAAAGAUUUCGCUGCUUCAAAUAAUACCGGGCAGAUUAAACGUCUUUUAAAGGUACUGGGACAAGAUUUUGCAAUGUCCCCAAAUCCUCACUCGAAAAAAGGUGGACUUAUAGGUUUGGCUGCGAUUGCUAUAGCUUUGGGAAAGGAUACCGGAGGAUAUACUGAUGGGUUAAUUAAGCCUAUUUUGGGUUGUCUAGCUGACCAAGACUUGCGUGUCCGUUAUUAUGCUUGUGAAUCAUUGUAUAAUGUUGUUAAGGUAUCAAGAGGCGAUGUCCUUCCCCAUUUUACAUCGAUAUUUAGUUCUUUAAGUCAGAUUUCCACAGACUCUGACCAGAAUAUUAAAAAUGCCUCUGAAUUAUUGGACAGGCUGUUAAAGGACAUUGUAGCAGAAAGUAAUCUAUUUGACUUAGAUGGGUUCAUUCCGCUUUUACGUGAAAGAAUAUACACCAGAAAUCCGUUCACUCGCCAUUUCGUUAUAUCCUGGAUAUCAGUAUUAAAUAGUGAACCUAGUCUUGAUCUAAUUAGUUACUUACCCGAAAUAUUAGAUGGUUUAUUUAAAAUAUUGGAGGACACGAAUAUAGAAAUUAAGAAAAUGUGUGAAACAACCCUGGGAGAGUUUCUAAGAAGUAUUAAAAGUGAUCCUUCCAGAGUUAAUUUUGGAGCUAUGAUCAAUAUUUUGAUCCAUCAUGCACAGGAAAAGAACGAUGAAUUAGUUCAAUUUACGGCUAUUACAUGGAUAAAAGAAUUUGUACAGUUGUCUGGACCUGCCAUGCUGCCUUACAUGUCUGGAAUAUUCACGGCAAUCCUGCCUUGCUUGGCUUAUGAAGCGGAAGCUCGGAGAACCACAGAUAUUAAAGAGACAGCCACUGCGGUGAAUUUUACCUUAAUGAAGCUUAUUGCUUUGCAAGAUGAGAACGAACCAUCAGGUACCAAUGAGGAGGUUAGGCAAAGUGACUUCGAUCAAAGUAUGGGUCAUGAUAUAGAUCUUCACUCCGUUGUGGACGUUUUAACACAAUACCUUGCACACAACUCAAUUCAAACCAAAGUAGCCGUAUUAAAAUGGAUAUAUGAUUUAUAUACGAAAUUACCAAGCAAGAUGGUAGAUUAUAUAGACGUACUGUUCCCAGCUUUACAAAGAACACUAUCUGAUGAAGCGGACCAAGUCGUUCAGCAGUGUUUGGUAGUGAUAGCUGAAGUGAUCUCUUCACCAAAGUCGACAAACUUAAGUGCCAAAAAGAACAAUACUUACUAUAAUAAAUUUAUUGUUAGUUUACUAUCUUCAUUUAGUACAGAUAAACGCUUGUUAGAUGAGCGGGGAGCUUUUAUAAUUCGGCAAUUAUGUGUGUUACUUAAUGCAGAAGAUAUUUACAAAACCCUGGCUGAAAUACUUCUACACGAACCGAAUUUAAAAUUUUCAAGUCUGAUGGUUGACCACUUAAAUAUGAUAUUACUGACAUCGUCCGAACUAUUGGACCUUAGAAAUAGGUUAAAGGACCUCUCUGUUGAGGAAAAUAGAACACUGUUUUUGUGUUUGUAUAAAACAUGGUGCCAUAAUCCUGUUGCAACUGUGGCGUUAUGUUUACUCACUCAGAGCUACAGCCAUGUGUGUGACCUGAUUAAAUUAUUUGGAACUGUAGAGGUAACAGUUGAUUUUUUGAUGGAAAUAGACAAACUGGUCCAAUUAAUUGAAUCUCCAAUAUUUGCGUAUUUGAGACUGGAAUUGUUAGAGGUACCCUGUGACAGGCAUUUAGUCAGGGCAUUAUACGGACUAUUAAUGCUGUUACCGCAAACUGAAGCCUUUGUUACACUGAAAACACGAUUGAGUUGUAUACCCAGUUUGCAUCUGCAGCACACCGAAUCCACACCAGAGAAAAAAAAAUCGAAAUUGCCAAUAGACUUUCCAAAUAUGCUCAUCCAUUUUUGUGCAGUACAAGACAAACACAAAGAGUACAAAAGACUAUCUCACCUGAAAGACUUAAAGACAUUUGACAGAGAUACUGUCAACGAAGAUACUUAGAUUAUUUAAUGUAUUAUCAUAGAUAAAGAAAACGUUCAGAUUGGAAAGUGCCCAUAAGGAUAAUGUAAAUACUAUCUGGCGCUAUUCUUACAACGGUCGCUCUCCAAAGCUUUUGAUAAUUUCGGAGCGGUUCGGCUUUUUCCGGAAUUAUGUCGCCAAAUAUUAUUUACUCAAAAAGACAUGUAUGAAAUACCUAUGUAAGAUUGGAAACCGACGUUUUGCCACGAUCCACGAUGGUUUUUGCAGUUCACAGUUCACAGUUCACAAGCCUUUUAAACGCGCCUUAUCAACCGCUAUAGCAGCGCCCUACAACGUAUGCACCUCAAAACAAUUAAAGUUUUGGCGGUAAGCCGAGCAUUCCAAUCUAAACUUGUUUCCUUUAUCUAUGUGUAUUAUACAGGGUGGUCCGAACUGUAUUCCGGAAACUUCGGCAGCAUACUCUGCCGAUAA